AUGGGCAUCCGUUUCUUGCCAUGGGUAGCCCUAACCGUGACUGCUGUCACUGCAGCUCAAGGGCAACCCUUUUCGACCUGGAUGCUGGACAGCAUCCUCGCGCGGCAGGAUGGAAUUACCAGCACAGGGGCGAUGACAAGACAAAUUGAAAAUGGCAUCUUCCAAGAGGCGCUACGCGCCGCUAUCGAGCGGUCGGAUGACGCUACCCAGCGUGGCCGGUGGACUAAAUAUCAUCAUCGCAGUGUGGAGCAAGACAUCCAGGAGGCGCUAAACGCGUCCAAAGAUGCUCUAGAUUAUGGACUAGACCGACUAUGUCUAGCCCGAUCGCUUCUAGAAUUGCCCCCCAAUGGCCAGUAUGAUCAACAAGCCCUGCAAGCCCUACGGGAAUCGAUACGGCUGCAACCUCGCAAUGCCCUAGGUGGCCUUUGGUACUACGCCAACCCGCCCGCCCCAUAUAAUUACUACGGAGACGCGUCCUACGGUGAUGGUAUGUAUGGAUACGCUCCGUACGCCGCCCUCUGGGGAUCGAUUACCGGUGAUGAGUCGCUGGAUUUGAAUACCGCCCUUCAACAGCUGGAAUUGAUCUAUCGCAAUGCGCGCGAUCCAACAACUGGUCUUGUCAAGCACGGGUACCAGCUGUCCCGCAAUGCCUCCUGGGCCGAUUUUGCUACGGGCGCUAGUCCCGUUAUCUGGGGGCGUAGUCUGGCCUGGUAUACUGUUGGUCUGGUCGACGCCCUGGAACUGGCUGCCACGAAGUCACCGGCGGUCGUGGUUACCGUCACGUACCAUCGCAUACAGGCUCUGCUCCGGGAUAUUGUAGUAGCUGAGAUAGAGGCUGUGGACAAGUCUGCGAGCGAAACAGGCCGCUAUGGCAUUUGGCAGGUCGUAGACCAGCCCGGGGCCCCCGGAAACUUCAUUGAAUCCAGUGCUGGUGCCCUGAUUACCUUUGCUCUAGCCAAGAGCUUGCGCCUGGGUUAUAUGGGAGAUAUGCAUGGCCGGGUGUCGGUUCUUGUCCGAAAAAUGCACCAGGAUCUGGUGGAGCGUUUCGUCGGGCACAAUCAACAAGGCAUGCUGGACUAUUUCGGUACUAGUGCGAUGGCUAGUCUGCACCAGCCCAAGGUUGAUUACGAGUACUAUGUCAACUUGGCGGUCACGACAAACAGCUUAAUCGGCACGAGCGCUUUCGUUCUAGCGAGUCUCGAGAUCGAACGGAUGGGCUAG